CCUAACCUAACAUAACCUUAUUUACCUGAGUCACCUGAGUGCUAAAUUGAAUCUCUAAAUCUAAAAAUCCGAUUGUAUUGAAACCCAAAAAAUGUUAACAAAUAUUUAAAAAUUAAACCCCAAUGGAUGGAAUUUAAUUAAAGCAAAAGUGAGAGAAACGAAAAAAAAGAAACUUGUUUUGUAUUUCAGUUCAAAUUUCUACCGCGUGAUGGACUCGAAGCGUCCGCCAUAUUGAAAAAUUCAUGGGUGGUGUUUUUGUCCUCUCAAGAACUGUCAAAAAGAUAAUUUCAAUCAGAAAUGUCAUUUUUUAAUAGAUAAUACUUUAUUUUAAUGGGCCACUGAAAGCCAAGUGUUAUGUCUGAUAAACUGCGUAAAGGUACGAAACUUGCCAAUAAAGAUUUCGAAAAAUUAUUAUUGAAAGGAAACUUUUGAUAAUUCUCCGAACAAAAAAUUACUCACUCCAAAAAUUUGAUAAUUUUCAUAGUAGGAUUAAUUUUACUUAGACAAUUAAAAUUUACAUUUGCAAUGGCGUGUCUUCUUUUAAAUCAAGAUGACAUGCAUAUUAAAAUUCCUCUAAGCGAAACUGUUGACAGCGUUACUUUUUAUACAAUUGAGGUUAGAAUUGCCUCUAUUCAAUGGACCGUAAAACACAGAUACAGUGAAUUUUCGGAAUUAAAUGAAAUUCUAGUGUCGGAACAUUGUGUGGAGAAGGACAUUCUACCGCCAAAGAAACUCAUUGGAAAUAAGAACGAAGUCUUUGUUGAGAAACGUAGACUCGGCUUGGAAAUUUAUUUAAAUGCGGUUUAUAAUUAUUUGAAGAAAGCAAUGCCACGGGAAUUGGCUCUUUUUCUCGAUUUACAUGUCUAUGAUAUUUUCUUUUUACUGCAAAAUAUGGCGCUUCAAUUCUUUACCGAAGGAGAUGUUUUGCUCCAAUCUUCCAAAAGUUAUACUUUUAAUCCCGUACAGCUUUAUGCAAUCAGUGAAAGAUUAAAACAUCCCUGUCCGUCUCUAGAAGUAGUCGACAAAAAAUACGACUUCAGUCACGUUUUGGAAUUGAAUUCUCACUUGACAACGUUAACGAUACAAGGAAGUUGGUCGUAUUACGGAACAAGUAACAUCGUCCCCUCAGCAUUGAAAGUAGAACUCUCGAAUUUCAAGAACGUCGAACACUUGACAAUCACUAAUUUCCCCGUGGAAAAAAUCUACAACAUGGGAACACUUCGCGACACUGUAAAAGUACUCAACAUUCACAAUACAGAAUUGAAAAAUAUCGUCGAACUCGCAAUGUGCGAGGAAGUUCACAAGCACAUUACCAGUGCAAACGAUUCGCACGUUUGGUUGAAAGUCACGCAUUUGGAUUUAAGCAACAAUCACAUUGAAAUAAUUGACGAGGCAAUCAAACUAAUGCCACACAUUGAAUUUCUCACUCUAAACAAUAAUAAACUCUCGGAAAUUUCCAAUGUCACGCUCCUACCACGACUAUCGCAAUUAUCCCUGAGCUUGAAUAAUUUUCACUCCCUCCCCGAGGAUCUUCACAUAAAACUCGGUAAAAUUGUUCAAUUGGACCUGUCGCAAAAUCAUUUGACGUCGCUUGCGAGUUUCGCGAAACUUUAUUGCCUCGAGGGUUUGGACGUGAGUUGCAAUAGAAUUGAGAAUAUCGAGGAGGUGAAAUUUAUCGGUAAUCUUCCUUGUUUGGAGAAUUUGCGACUCACUGGAAAUCCAGUGUCGACAAUUGUCGAUUAUAGAGUGAAGGUUCUCGAACCUUUUGGCAGGCGAGCCGCUGACAUUUGCCUCGACAAUGAGAAACCAAAUCAAAAGGAACUCGACACUGUUUCUGUUUUACAGGCACUUCGAAUCGCUCGCGAAGGGAAAUCACCAAUUUUUCCCGGCACUGACGCUCCAUUAUUUUCUGCCGAAAUUCCGACUAUUUGAGAUUCGACCAAUGACGAACGAGGCGGAAUUUUGUGAUUUUUUCCCCAGUGUCGAUUUUCGAGAAUUUUGCGAUUUUCACCGUCUUCCAAAAUUUUUGAACCAGAAAAUCAUAAUCGUGAACAAAUCAAUUCUUUUCCAUCAGAGAGAAGUUAGUUAAUUUUAUGAAUUUCAAUUAAUUGUUUAGCAAAUAAAUUAAAAAAUUAAUAAAUUAGAAAAUUAAUUAA